AUCUUCCCAACCCAGGGAUCAAACCUGGGUCUCCUGCAUUGCAGGCAGAUUCUUUACCAUCUGAGCCACUAAGGAAGCCCCAUAAUCAGUAUGAAAAUACACAAAAAGUGUAAUAAAUUAGAAAAAAAACUUUUAAAUUCAAGAGUUCUUGGAAGAACAAAAAAAGAUUAAGCAGUGGAGAAAACAUUUAUAGACAGAAUUAGCAGUCAGAUUGGGGAAUGACAACUGAUACAGAGAAAUUUUAAACAAUUAUAAAAGUGUUCUUUGUUCAUCUCUGCAAAAAUUUUUCACAAACCUGGAAAAUUAUUUUUUAAUAGCCUAAAUUAACCCCAGCAGAGAUAGAAAAAAAAUUAUAAAUAGGAUAUUUACCACAGAAGAAAUUAAGGAAGUUGAAGAAUGGUCCUGAAAGUUCAAUAUGUAGAAUUAUUUCAAAUCUUGAAGAAAAGAUUUUUCUUUUUAAUUCCAUUUUAGCAUAAACUUUCCAGAUUACAUAUAGAAGAAAACCAAGAAUUUUUUUAAAGUCAGUGUACUAACACUGCUGUAUCCUGUAAAGCACACAGAAAAAUUCUAUAGACAAUUGGUGUAUUUAAACAACACAAAGAUGGCUUAACAUUAGGAAAUGUUAUAUGUGAAUGUGGUAAACACUGAUUACCCUUAAGGGAAAAAUAUCACCUUAGCAGAUAUUGAAAUGGGUAUUUAAUAAAAUUCAAUAUCCAUUAAUGCUUAAAAAACAAAAAUCUUUAGUAACAGUGGAAAUAGUUGAAUAUUUACUAAUGGUAUAAAACUUAGAAGCAUUUCUGUUAAAGCACUGGUCCCUAACCUUUUGGGAACCAGGGACCAGUUUUGUGGAAGACAAAAACCAGGGGUUGAGCGGUGGAUAUGGUUCAAAUGGUAAGGCAAGUGAUGAACCAGUGCUAGUUUAUGGCCCAGCACCUUGUAUUAAAGGAAAAGACAGGCAUUCCCACUAUCACUGAUACUGUUAAAUGGCCUAUAAAUGUGGGUCAGUGCAAUUAAAUAAAAAAAGCAUAAAUAUUAGAAAAGGAUAGGUCUUGUCCUCCUCCCCCCCACCCCCGCCAUACUCAUACAGGUGGUGGUGGGGUAGAAGGGGAGUGACAAUUAAAAUCAGUGAAAUGAAACAGAAAAAGUUAUGCAGAGCCUGGUUGCUAUAUUCAAAAGAAACACUAGCUUAGCAUGCUAAGCAGCGCGGGUGUCGGGGCGGGAGGGAUGGCGCAUGUGCGAGCAUACAACUGUGGGCACGUACUGGACUAUGGGCACGUACAACUGUGGGGCGCCUCAGCUUAGAAGCGCAUGUGCGAGGUGCCCAAAAGCGCAUGCGUGCUGCCCACCCGGGAGCACUUGGCGCCUCUUCCGCAUCGUGCUCCGCGACCGCGAACGCCUUCGUGCAAGGCUCGCGGUUUUCUCCUUUCGGCUUUUUUUUCCCGCGGCCUUUUGGUCACCUAUCCGCUGAAGAGCCCUCAGCCAUGGACUGCCACGAGUCAUUCUACACCACAGACGACCUGGAGUUGUAUCCCGAGAUUGUGGGGCUGCAGCAAGUGCAGGUGGAGCCCGUCACUGAGGAGAUCCCCUAUGAGGAGACCCCCACUGAGGAGACAGUCUCUGUGGAGACUGUGGGGAUGGAGGCGACCAAGGAAUACGAGGAUGUCACCGGCAAUUGGUUCCACGGUGGCCACCACUAUCCACCUCUGAUUGCGCUGCAGCCUCUUUUUACAAGCAGCCCAACCCAAGGGAACCACAACCAAGAAAUGAUCAUGGUACAGACGCAGGAGGAGGUGGUGACCAGCUCCGAGCCCGAAAGCCUUCAGGCCAGCGACCAGAUUGUCAUCCCAGGCCUCGACGUCGACUUCUUCCAGCAGACCUUGGCUUCUCUGUCAGGCUCCACAUCUUCCUCAGCCUGCAACGGCACCCGGAAGCCCAGCGGCCAUGGCAAGAAACCCGACGGUAAGAACGGUUACCCGGGCGGUGAGGCGAUGGCGGGAAGCAGCUCUGAGGCAGGCCAGAAGAAGUGGGAGCAGAAGCAGGUGCAGAUCCAAACCCUAGAGGGUCAGUUCUCUGUCACAAUGUGGUCCGCAACCAAUAAGAAAGACCCUGAGACUGGACAGACUGAGAACUCAGUUCCUGAUUAUUCAGAGUACUUGACCGGUAAGAAGCUGCCCCCUGGGGGAAUUCCUGGCAUUGAUCUCUCAGAUCCCAAACAACUGGCCGAAUUUACUAAAAUGAGACCUAAGAAACCCAAAGAUGAUGUGCCGAGAACAGUAGCUUGCCCUAACACAGGCUGCUUGAAGAUGUUCAGGGAUAACGCCGCUUUGAGAAAACAUAUGCACACCCAUGGCCCCAGAGUUCACGUCUGUGCGGAAUGUGGCAAAGCUUUUGUUGAGGGCUCAAAAUUGAAGCGCCAUCAACUGGUGCAUACUGGAGAGAAGCCGUUUCAGUGCACCUUUGAAGGCUGCGGAAAACGCUUUUCCCUAGAUUUCAACCUGCGCACACACGUGCGAAUCCAUACCGGAGAUAGGCCCUACGUGUGCCCUUUCGAUUGUUGUAAUAGAAGGUUUGCUCAGUCAACUAACCUGAAAUCUCAUAUCUUAACACAUGUUAAGAAUAAAAAUAGCCAGUAAAAAGAAGGGAAGACUCUUCUCAGGCUCAGAAAGCAUCUUCCAGUUGUGUAAUUGAAAAUGAAUAUGCCUCUCUUUCAUAUAAGAAACCUUCUAGAAAAGAAUUUUAUAACUGACUCCAGUAUAUCUAAAGGUUAAGUUUUGAUAGAUUUAGUAAAAAGAAAAUUAAAAGGUUAAAAAAAAAAGACCAAAAAAAAGACAAAUAAAAAAAGACAAAAAAAAGUAGUUCUUCAUAUAACAUUGUUAAUAAGUUUUGUCUUGUUCUAUAGUUUCGUCUUGUUCUGGAAUACCAUUUGAAAAGUAUGAUUUUGUAAUGCUUGUUCAUGAAUCUCACAUCAAAAGACUGUUCUUUAAAAAAAAAAAAAGACUGUUCUUUAUCCAACUGUGAUAAAAAUGGGACUUUUCACAUUCCUUUAAAAAUGAAGUUUUGCCUAUUUCAAUUUUUGAAGUUCUGUAUUUUCUAAAUGUUCAUGUUUAUACUUUUAAGAAUAUGUUUAGUAGUUCUAAAAAAAAAAAGAAUAUGCUUAGUAGUUCUGUGUAUGGUUUUUCUGAAAGUAGAUAACUUUGCUUGCAGGUUUUCUUUAAAAGAGUGAACAGUUACAUGUAUAUAUAACGUUUUACUGUUUAGAAAAACUUAUAUAGGUUUUGUUUGCUGUCUUAAUUUUGGUUGUAUUCUUUGACGUUAAUACAUUUUACAUAACUUUUAACUGAGUUGAAUUAGUAGUUUUGAAUAGUAGAUAAGUUGUAGUAGUGGAUUUAAACCUGUUUUAGUCUUUUUGCUUCUCCCCCAACCCCAAAUGCUGCCAGGUGCUGUUGUUUAGUCCUUUCUUUGCCUGUUCACUUAGGGAGUGGUGCUCAGCUGUGGAAUAUAUUGUGUAUGUAUUGACUUUUAACAUUUGGUACGUAAAUCCUUUAUAAUAGACAAAGCAAAAAAUAAAACACCUGUUCUA